AUGGCUAUGAAUGCAAAGCGUGAAUUAAUUCGUCAAUCUCUUAUAAUUCAUGAUGUUGAUGCGUCAAUUGAAGAGAUAGAUAUCGAAGAAGCUAUUCGACAUAUAAUCGGCACGAUUUCACUCGAAAUUUUUUUUGGUAAAUCUUACAAUACCAAGAAUAUACAACAAAGAAAAGUUUAUUUAAAUCACUUAAAUGAACACAAAUUGAAUGAAUUAAUGAAGACUGGUUCAAUUGAAGUUCGUAAUAAACGUUUUUGUAUGUCACGAUAUAAUCCAAAAGAUAUUCCAUUAUCCGGUCAAAUGACUCAAUUUUUACUAAUUAGAAUAUCUGAAAAGCAUAAAGAUAAGAAAACUUUAAAAGAUCUUGCUCAAUCUGAUAUUGAGGAAUAUUUUGGAAGAUUUGGUAAAAUACUUAACUUUCAAUGGAAUAAUGAUUUUGAAGCAAAUCUUAAAUUUCAACAUUACGAUAUCGUUGAUCAAAUUAUUCUAAAUGAUGCUCGACAUGAAAUCAAUGGAAUCAAAAUUGAUGUUGAAAAAACUCAACACACUCAAAUGAGUAAUAUGGCUGGUACUGUUAAAACUCAGUUUUGCAUUCAUGUAACUAAUAUACCUCUUGAUGUGACAAGUGAAGAAUUGUCGCAAAUAUUCAAUAUUCACAUUGCUGAUAUUGUUAUCAAACCAGGAUAUCUACCUAAUGAACAUUUAACAUCAAAUGAUCAAAUAGAUAGUGAGGCUUGGAUUAAAAAUAUUGGUAGCGAAAAACUAACACGAGAUUUAGCUAUUAAAAAUUCAAAAAUAAAAUUACGCGGACUUCCAAUCAAAUGUGAUGUUAUUCAUGAACCAAUCCAUACGUUUGAAUUGUGUAGAAAUUUUAAAAAUGGUCUAUGUAAAUAUUACCACAAAUGUCAAUUUAAACAUAUUAUGUGUAAUCAACCAGAGAAUUGUCUCGAUGAACAAUGUCAUUAUGGACAUAGUAAAAAACGACUAGUAACAUUAAAUGAUAAAGAGGACGACGAAAAUUGUGAAAAGAAUUUUUAUCGUCUAAGAAUAAGUAAUCUUCCAACAACAGCAAACAAAGAAAAAUUAGCGAAACUAUUAAGCAUAAAGGACGAACAUAUUUCACGUAUAAUAUUUAAAGAAGAUCGAGUUGAAAAUUCAUCAUCAGUUGUUGCAUACCUUAUUCAUCAGCGAUCGGCAAAAUAUCUUCGAUGUCUAAUUCAUCAAUGGCAUGAUAAAUGUUAUUCAGAUGAUCUACCAAAUAAAAUGAAAUGUCAAGUCGAGAUCAACGCAGAUUUUUAUAAUUGGGAUAAUAAAUGUAAUCCAAAUGAAUAUUUUUCAACCACUAAUUAUAAGCAACCAAAAAAAUCGAAAUCUUUACCAUGA